AUGCACGGCGUUCAACUUUCCACCUCCUCUCCCUUCGUUUACGCCCUCUUCGGCAUCCAGCUCCCUGACGAUGACAAUGACGAUGUCACCACCACGCCGGAAAAAACAACCCUGAUCACCCGAUUCAACGACCUCUUAUCCACCCACCCCGCGCACACAGACCACAUUGUCCAAGACAACACCCCCUCCCUCCCCACCUCGGAUGAUGGACCGCAAGGACCGCAAAGAAAAGAGAAAACCCGCAUCUGGCUCACCUACUGGAGCACAUCCGACUCCUAUCAAACAUGGUGGACCAGUCCCGCUGUCCAGCAAUUCUGGUCCAAUCUACCCGACGACGCUGGGAUUUGGCGUGAAGUGAUGACGCUCCCUGCGAGUCGCACGCAACAUGGAACGACUUGUCCUGAGGUCGCGGGUUUGGGGCAUCUGGGGCCGCGCAACUCGGUCGUUGAUAAGGCUGGAUAUUGGGGGUGUUAUCGACAGAGACUUACGGCGACGACGGUCGAGAAGGAUCCGUUGGAUUCGAAUGUGCCUUUGGUUCAACCUCAGCAUCAGAAUCAGGAGCCAGGUCAAGAGCAAGCCGGUCGCUGCCCGUAUUCAGGUUCUAACGGGGCGAGUACCAGCGCCAGGAACGGUAGCAGCACUGAAAAGGCCGAUGACUACGACCAUCUGGAUGAAAUCAGGACCCCCGAUGAAAACACACCAGCGAAAAUCCACCCCGGCCGUGUCCUCGUCUCCGACAUCCCCGAUAAUCUGUGCUUCGUAGUCGAAGGCCAAGACCACGCGACGAUGGUCCCCUCAGAACGAGACCUGUGGUUCAAACGCUACGAUCCGCUCGCAACGCAAUGGAUCAAGGAUCUCCUCUUAUCAACAAACAGCAACACGGCAAACCUCUCCUCCGACAAAGGACCCGUGAACACACGUCUCUGCUACGACCCGUCAAGCGGGAAAUUCCGAAACGAUACCAACAUGCCAUCUCUGAACUAUAACACGAAGAUCCAGCUUUUCUACUUCCGCGACCUCGGCACCCUGGAGCGCAUCGGGCGACGGAACCUGGGACAUGUGAAGCUUCGGAGUACGUUCCUGGGUGCGUACGCGCCGGGUGGCGAGAUGUUUGGAGUAGGGCAGAUGGGGCUAUGGGUGGAGACAAGCGUGGUGAAGAAUGGAGAGAUGGAAUGCGAGUAUAUUGGGUGUUUGGAGGGGACGGGGUUGAUGGGUUUGGCUAAGUAG